UCACACUUUACUUAUUUGAUUUUAAAGAAAGAGCUUAGCUUUAUUAGACCACUGUUCUUGAAAGAUGAACAAGAAACCCAAGAUUUUGAGCUCUGGAUCAUUAAAUAUGAAUCAAAAACGAAAGAGCUCGUCUCUUCGUCGCUUGUUCUCUUUAGUGUUUUUUCUUGCAAUGAUCUUCCUUAUAGGAAAUGCUUUUAUUACAGUGGAUUAUAAAGAGGGCAUUGCGGGAUGGAGUUCGAUAAUAAGACUAAAUCUUGCAAAACUGAAGAUGUGUAAGACACAACUUAGGCCUCCUGGUAGUGAGACGUUACCGAGAGGUAUUGUUGCAAGUACAUCUGACUUGGAAAUGCGACCGUUAUGGGGCGCAAAGCGCGAUAAGAAACCGAAGCCGAACUUAUUGGCUAUGGCAGCCGGAAUAAAACAGAAGGAAAGUGUCAACAAGAUUGUCAAGAAGUUUCCAUCAAGUGAAUUCGUUGUGAUGCUGUUUCAUUAUGAUGGUUCCGUGGAUGAAUGGAAGGAGUUUGAGUGGAGUGAAACUGCUAUUCAUAUUUCUGUAGUAAACCAAACCAAAUGGUGGUUUGCAAAGCGUUUUCUACACCCGGAUAUUGUCUCAGCAUAUUCGUACAUAUUUCUUUGGGAUGAAGAUCUCGGUGUUGACCAUUUUGAUGCUAGAAGGUAUGUUUCAAUAAUUAAAGAAGAAGGGCUUCAAAUAUCACAACCUGCUCUUGAUCCCAAUUUCUCUGAAGUGCAUCAUCAACUUACCUCACGGGACAAGAAAUCGAGAGUACAUAGGAGAACAUACAAAGUCAUUGGUCGGGCUAGGUGCAACGAGAAUAGCACUGGACCUCCUUGCACAGGAUUUGUCGAAAUGAUGGCUCCUGUGUUUUCCAGAGCAGCUUGGAGGUGUACAUGGCAUAUGAUUCAGAAUGACUUAAACCACGGAUGGGGUAUAGAUUUUCAGCUUGGAUAUUGUGCACAGGGUGAUCGAACCAAAAAUAUCGGCAUUGUUGAUUCCGAGUAUAUACUUCAUAUGGGUCUUCCUACAUUAGGAGGUUCAGCUGAAAACAAGACAGAUUCAGGACAACUCAAUAAGACCAAGACUCAGCAUGAUUCAGCAUCCCAAAUAUCAUCUGGUAGAUCUGAGGUUAAGAAGCAAACUUACGCCGAGUUAGAGACUUUUAAACAUAGAUGGAAAAAUGCAGUGAAGAACGAUGAGUGCUGGAUAGACCGAUUCCAAACAUGAAAGAUUGCUUGCUGUGGACAAAAUUAUACAUAUAUAGAAAAGCACAAGAAUACCCUGAAGACCGCAAGGAAGCAAAAGAGAAGGAGAGAUGAUUAUGGUAAGAUGACAGCAUUCUGAGGAUCUUCAUAUCAGUGAUGUACUGAAUUUAACCAAUUAAUGAAGGUAUACAUGUAGA